GCCGCCUCUUCCCAAUAGUUUGAACGGCUGAGAAAGGGAAUUUAAACGAAGAUUUCCUCCUUUCCCCUUCUUUUUCCUUUUUUUUCUUUUUUUUUCCUGGGAGUUGGCGACUCGGCCGAACAUGGCAGGAGCAGCGCAAGGCCGGGCGGGUCGCAGCAUCCGCGGCUGCAACCCGGAGCCACCACCCUUGUUUGCGGGAAGAGCCUAAGUUGGCGCGGCGGCGGCAGCGGACGACACAGCGGGAGCCGGGCCGAGGGGCAUGGGCCGCGGCGGCGGGGAGCGAGCUCGCAGCGGCCGCGUGAAUGACCGAGGCAGGAAGGAGUGAGGCAGCGGCAAAGGAAGGGGAACGGAUCCCGCCCGCCCCCAGCACCCGGAUCCGGUGGAUCUUUUUUUUUUUUUUUUUCCGUGCUUUUCUCCCUUCUCUUUCUAUUCCCCCCCAACCCCGGCCCGGCUCCCCGCGGCGGCUCCUCUCCUCCUCCCUUCUCCUCCUGUUCCUCGGUCCGGCCCGCGGCGGGGCUGUGGCGGGCUGUGGCGUUCGGGGCGGGCCACACCCUCCGCGGCGCUUCCUGCGAGCCGGCGGCGCGGGGCCGCGGCGGGCGCCGGGGGCGGCACAUGGUGCGCAGCCGCCACCGCCCCUCGGCCCUGCGAGCUGCGCCCGGCCCGCGCUGCCGCCCGGGGGAGCCGGGGCACGGUAACGACUCGGAGGGGUGAGCCCCGAGCAGUGAGGGGUUCCGGCCCGUGAGGGGAACUUUGAGCAGGAGGUGGUGGAAGGGAGCGGAGCCGACGUGCGAAAGGGGAGGAGGAGAAAAAAGAAGAAAAAAAAAAAAAAAUAGUAUUUUUUUUAGCUAAAUGAUGCCGGAGCGGGGCCCCGGGGAUCCCGGCAAGCGCCGGCCCGCCGCGGGAGCGCCCUAGGAGCGGAGGCUGGCGCCCGAGCGGGGCGGGCGCCCCGGCGGAGCUCGCUCCCCUCAGCAGCGGCGGCCCCGGCGCCCAGAGCCCCUUCUUGCCUCCCGGCGAUUAAUGGAAUGAUGUUGCGGAAAAGGCAGAGCGAUCCUGCCGGGCUCAGUCGGGACUGCGCGGGCGGCAGAGGCGGCGGCAGCGGGGUAGCGAGCGGCAUGCGAGUGCCCCCCCGGCGCGAUGGCUAGCGGCGGCUCGGGCAAGUCCAGCAGCGAGGUGUCCGGCGGCGGCAUCCCCAGCAGCGGUUCCUUGCAGAGGAAGAAGCUCGUCUCCAUCUGCGACCACUGCAAGAUCAAGAUGCAACUGGUGGCCGAUCUGCUGCUGCUGUCGAGCGAGACCAGGCCGGUGAACACUGAGAGCCUGUCUGUCUUUGGUGAGUCCUUCGAGAAGUGCAGGGACACGAUCAUCGCCAGGACCAAAGGACUCUCCAUCUUGACCCACGACGUCCAGAGCCAGCUCAACAUGGGACGCUUCGGGGAGGUGGGGGAAAGCUUGAUGGAGAUGGGGGAGCUGGUGGUCUCCCUGACUGAAUGCUCUGCCCAUGCUGCCUACCUGGCUGCAGUGGAGACUCCGGGGGCCCAGCCUGCCAUGCCUGGCUUGGUGGAUCGCUACAAGGUGACCCGAUGUAGGCAUGAGGUGGAGCACGGCUGCGGGGUCUUGAAGACCACCCCUCUGGCAGAUAUGAGCCCUCAGCUCCUGCUGGAGGUUUCUCAGAACAUGUCCAAGAACUUGAAAUUCCUGACAGACGCCUGCGUGCUGGCCAGUGAGAAAUCCAAGGAUAAAUUUGCUAAGGAGCAGUUCAAACUCAGUGUCAAAUGUAUGAGCACCAGCGCCUCAGCCCUCUUGGCGUGCGUCAAGGAGGUCAAGACUUCACCCAGCGAGCUGACCAGGAACCGGUGCGUCUUGUUCAGUGGACCUUUGGUGCAGUCUGUCUACGCUCUGGUGGGCUUUGCCACUGAGCCCCAGUUUUUGGGUAAAGCGGCCACCAUUAAUCCAGAGGGCAAAGCUGUGCAAACUGCCAUCCUAGGAGGAGCCAUGAGUGUGGUAUCCGCUUGUGUGCUCCUGACCCAAUGCCUCAGGGAUAUAGCCCAACACCCCGAAAGUAGCACCAAAAUGAGCGAUUACAGGGAAAGGUUGAGGAACUCUGCUUGCGCCGUCUCGGAUGGUUGCAACCUGUUAUCUCAGGCACUAAGAGAAAGAUCUUCACCCAGGACUUUACCGCCAGUGAACUCCAAUUCUGUGAAUUAACCCCCACAUCUUCUGUUUAGAUCCUAGUCAUUGCUAAAGGAAAAUAAUAUCCCACCUCCUCACCCCUUUUUUUGUAUACCAAAGAAUUUGCUUGGAUGAGCCCAAUCCUUUGAUUUCAUGUGGUGAAGCAGCAGAACAUACUCAAACUAUACGUACUAAUAAAGGUAGCCGGUUUGGGCUUCUUUUUAUUUUACAUUAAAGUCCAGCAAGUAUCUGCAGAUAAAAUUUUCCUUUAAUCAACAAGGUCUUCAAUGGUAAAAACAACUGUUUAAAAGUGUUUUCUAUCUGGGGAGGUGGGGGUGUCUUAAAAAGAAAAAAAGGAGAAAAAAAAAAAAGCUUUAAUCGCGCUGGGUGCGGUUUUUAAAGUUUGUCUUGUCUCGUCUUCCAGAAUUUCCCCUCUAAAUUUUACUGUUUGUGCAGGAAAAAGGUUACCUCAGUUCUCACUCAUUUGAAAAAGAAAUGAUUAAAACCCCACCACCACAUAGAGGAUGGAUGUAGCUACUAUUUUGUUUGUUUUCGUUUUGUAUGACUUUUUUAUUUUGCAUCAAGUGUUAGGUUAGAAGUGCAUUUGGUGUGUAGGAGUGGAAGGACUGGAGGUUGUGAUUAUGUUUUCCAUGUGCUGAUUUCCAAACUGGGGGAAAAGCUACUGUGAGUGUUUAAACAAACAAACAAAUUACACUAUAACAAAAGUGAUUUUUAAUUUUUUUUUUUUUCCAAUGUCAGUUUUUAUCUUGCAUGUACUGGAGUAUUUAUUUCAUCUAUUAAAAUGUUAUGUUUCUCAGA